AUGAAACUCAUCCAGUUCCUCAUCGCAUCAAUCCUCCCCUUCAGCAUCUUCGCCAUGCCCAACCCUGCGCCUGCUGCAUCCCCCACUGUCGACGAGACGGUCGUAGCCGUCGAGGCUGUCGAGGCCGUGGGCUACAGCGAGAAGCGCGACGAGCCUAGCAAGCUGUUUGCGCGCGACCGCGUGUGCCGCAUCAACGGCAGCGGCCGCGUCAACUGCCGCUCCUGCCCUAGCACGUCGUGCUCUGCGCCGUACUACGUGGUUGGGGGCAGCUCCUACAACUUUGACUGCGCUGCGGCCGGUGAAUGCGUCACCAUCGGCGGCGUCACGAACUGCAACUGGGACCGAACUGUUGCUGAGGGCUGCUACGUCUCUGCGUACUACACCGAUUCGGGCUGUACAGUCGCCAACCUUGGACGGUGCUGA